UGGUCAAGAAGAGCAAGUUAUAUUAGACAAGAGAUGUGUAGGAACUCCUCCAGUCCAAGGGAUAGUGGGUGAUUCUUCCUCCACACGUUCUAUUGCCAUAUCAUCAUUGUUAGGUUUGUACAGAGUGCCAAUGGUAAGUUUAUCCGCUUGUCAAGCUAAUCAUUGUUUGAAAUCAAUUCCAAUCUAAUGUCAAAACAAAUGUAAAUGAAGAUGAAAACAUUAAAUAUUCGACAUUGAAAAGCUUUUAGAGACAGCAAAUAAUGACUGUUUUAGUAUAUGAGAUGUUUUUUUUUGCAGGUGAGUUAUUAUGCCACAUGUUCCUGCCUGAGUGAUCGACAAAGGUUUCCAUCUUUCUUUAGGACGAUCCCGAGUGAUGCUUUUCAGGUGAAUGCUAUGAUUCAGAUUCUAAAACACUUUGGUUGGACUUGGGCAGGUCUGAUCAUCAGUGACGAUGAUUAUGGAGUCCACGCUGCCCGAUCCUUUCUCUCUGAUCUGGGUUCAGCUGGUGGAGGUUGUAUGGCUUACACAGAGAUUUUGCCCUGGGGUGACGACCCUGCUGAAGUAAGGAGAAUAGUGGAUGUGAUGAGAAAAUCUACAGCUCGAGUGGUGAUUGUGUUUGCACAUAGGAGUCGCACAAUUAAUCUCAUGCAAGAGGUGGUGAGGCAGAAUGUGACAGGCCUGCAGUGGAUUGCCAGUGAAGCCUGGACAUUAUCUGAUGCGCUCCAGACUCCCCACUUCAUGCCGUACCUGGGUGGGACACUGGGCAUCUCCAUCCGUCGAGGAGAAAUGCCAGGACUCAGAGACUUCCUGUUAAAAAUACGUCCUGACCUACAUGACAACAACACAGGUGGAAACAGCAUGGUGAAUCAGUUUUGGGAACACACAUUUCAGUGUAGAUUUGCACCACCUCCAGUAGGCUGGGUGGAAGCUGGAGGAGAAUUAUGCACUGGACAGGAAGUUAUAGAGAAUGUGGAGACUGAGUUAUUGGAUGUUUCAGACCUCAGGCCAGAGUAUAAUGUGUAUAAGGCUGUGUACGCUCUGGCGUAUGCUCUUGAUGACAUGCUGCAGUGUGAGCCAGGGAGAGGACCUUUCAGCAACAACACCUGUGCUCAUUUACAAAGACUGGAGCCAUGGCAGGUGAGAUAUCAGUUUACACUCCGCUAUUAAAUUAAUUCGAUCCUUUGCAUUUCUUUAAGAGUUGAAUGAAGUGUAAGUGUAAACAUAUUUUAAAAAGUUAAAUAAACAGAAUGGAAGUCAUUACCAUCUGCACUCUUCAUUUCAUUCUUCAGCACUGGCAACAACUGAGGGCAGAGGUCGCUCACUUUGACUUAAAAAUAAAUCAUAUUUAAGUCAACAUGCACAUGUUAUAUGAGAGAAGUGUGACUCUGUUGGUCAGCUGUAGCAAGCAACAACUGUAGUAAUUGUAUUUUUGUUUUCCUUCUAUGUCUGAUUCUAUUACCCAAAGCUUGUGUAUUACUUGGGAAAGGUCAACUUCACCACAACUUUUGGUGAUCAAGUGUUAUUUGAUGAGAAUGGUGAUACCUUACCAAUAUAUGACAUCAUAAAUUGGGUGUGGCUCCCUGAUGGAAGAACUAAAGUUCAGAGAGUGGGUGAGGUUAAGAGGUCAGCCUUCAAAGGUGAAGAACUCACACUGGAUGAAGACAAAAUCUUCUGGAACUUUGAAUCCAAACAGGUAACUUCUUAGUUUUUUUCCCAUCAUUAUCUCUUUGCCCCACUUACAGGUCUAGAUUCAUAUUUUUCCCAGGUUUGCAUAGCUAUGGUCAGUCUAACUUGAAUGUUGUUGACAACAUUAAUGGUACUGGUAAAGCCUUCAUUGACAUAUGCAUG